ACAUGAUAGCUCUGAUAGCUCUAAGCUCUCAUUACUUUUUGGAUAGCAGCUUUGAAAAUACUUAAAGCUCUCCCAGAUCCCACAUAUUGAACGCUUACUUUUGUUAUUCGCAAUAUUAUCAUACGAUCCAAGUUUUGUGACUUGAGUGAUCCGUCAAGAUGCGUUUCUCAACUGUAGUUUCGACUCUUGCCAUUGCAGGUGGAAUCGCCGACGCCACUCUUCACUCUGGAAGAAGUUUGAGGCAUGUUGGAAAGAAGGACAAGCAAACCCAUAAAGCUAGAGACACGACUCCAAGGAGGGAGCAGAAACAUGAGAAGAGGGAUGCUAGUUUUCCAUACUUGACCAAUUCCACUGCUAAAUUCAGUGUGAAUGGUUCCGCUAUCCCAGAUGUCAGCUUCGAUGUCGGAGAAUCAUAUGCUGGUUUGUUGCCAAUUUCAAAAGCCGCAAAUGAGACGAGAGAAUUAUACUUUUGGUUCUACCCAUCGACAAAUGAAUUGGCUUCUGAUGAAAUUCUCAUUUGGCUUAAUGGAGGUCCCGGAUGUUCAUCUCUCGAAGGAUUAAUCCAAGAAAACGGACCUUGGAUCUGGCAAUACGGUACCUACGCUCCUGUUCAGAACCCUUGGACCUGGGUAAACCUUACCAAUGUUGUUUGGGUCGAACAACCCGUUGGUACUGGUUUCUCGCGGGGUGUACCUACUGCUACUAGCGAAGAAGAUGUCGCUGCUCAAUUCCUCGGAUUUUGGGAGAAUUUCGUCGACACUUUCGCUUUGCAAGGGAGAAAGGUCUUUAUCACUGGUGAAUCUUAUGCGGGAUACUAUGUUCCAUACAUUGCCGAUGCUAUGUUGAACAAGAAUGAUACUUCUACUUAUUACAACCUCGAAGCAACCAUGAUCUACGACCCUUCUACUUCUUACGAUGCCGUUCAAGAACAGAUCCCCGCAGUUCAAUUCGUUGAUUACUGGGGUGGUCUCUUCCCCUUCAAUGAUUCCUUCGUUGAACAAAUCCAUAAUGUAUCUGAUUCUUGUGGCUACACCGAUUACCUCGCCAAAUACCUUACCUACCCACCACCUGGACCAUUCCCAUCCGCUCUCCCUGGCACAGGCGACGAUGGAAUUUCUACCACUGACGAAUGCGACGUCUUUGAUCUGAUCUACAACGAAGUCUUCAGCGUAAACCCUUGUUGGGACAUUUACCAAGUAGCCACCACCUGCCCCCAACUCUGGGAUGUCCUCGGAUUCCCCGGAUCAAACUACUAUUUACCUGCCGGCGCCUCUGUCUAUUUCAACCGCACCGAUGUUCAAAAAGCUAUCAACGCUCCUAUGAUCGAAUGGGAUACAUGCUCCAACAUCGACGUCUUCGUAAACGGAACAGAUAAUUCUCUCCCCACCGGUCUCUCCGUCCUUCCCUCCGUCAUCGAACGUUCCAAGCGUACCAUUAUCGGUCACGGCGCAUUAGACAUGGUCCUCAUUGCCAACGGCACUCUCCUCAUGAUCCAAAACAUGACAUGGGGCGGAGAACAAGGUUUCACAAGCAAGCCCUCCGAUCCCUUCUACGUGCCCUACCACACCGAGCUCUCCGAUUCCACGCUUGCAGCUUCCGGAGUCUUGGGCACAACACACACAGAAAGAAACCUCACUUUUGUGUAUAUCGAUUUGAGCGGUCACAUGGUUCCUCAAUAUGCUCCUAGUGCGUCGUAUAGAACGCUCGAGUAUCUGUUGGGAAGAAUCGAUAGUUUGUCGAGCACAGUGCCAUUUACCACGCAGGAAGAUGUCGUGCAGAGUACGGCUCCGCUUGGAAAUGGCACGGGACCUCCAAUUAAGAGAGAGUUUGUUGGGGGUAUGCGAUUUUAGAUGGGAUGGGUAAUGGGUGUGUGGAAGGAGAGAGGAGGAAUAGAUAGAGACGAGACAUGAUUAUAAUGGGUAUGAUGAAAUGAAAAUAUGAAAUGAUUUUUUUAAUGUUAGGAUGAAAAAUUAUCUCGGUGAUGCGGAUUUACUAUGUAGAAGGCUCUGGGGAUUGUGGAUAUUGACGGAGCUUGUCGGUACACAUAGUGAACAAAAUAAGCCAUGAUUCAGAAAGAAUCAGUCCAGUUUUACAACCAAAUCAAGGCAGAGAGGAGAGAGCAGGUAUAGGUCUAGAUUGUGGAAUUUGGAAGUGUCGUUGAGCUAAACUAGAAUUCGAUUUCGAAAGGCGAGUUCCGCCCGUGCGAAGGAGAGGAGGGAUCAAUAAUCUUGGAAGUCCAGUCUUCCUGCCUGAAUCCGUCAGGUCGAGAUCCGAAAGACACCUAGAAUGAGGAGGGAUAUUGUUUCCAGAGUUUUGAUACAUCAGGCCAAUAGAUUCGCCUCACUCAUAGACUCACAUGUCACUCCGACAUUGUAUAGAUAUUCUUCGAAUGAUCCCCGUUUACUGGAUUGAUAAUGCAUAAGACUGACACGGCAAAAGUAGGUUUAUGCAUAAAGUAAGGUAGCAAAGCUAUU